AUGUCUACAGAUGGGAAAUUUCCAAGAUUAGUUAAUGUGACUUCGAUAGCAGAGGCAGAGCAACGAAGACUAAUAUCAAAGGUUCAAGCAGAUAGGAAAAGGGGAUUUCCUUACUCGUCAGGAAGUAAUAUGGGGAAGCGAAAGGCCCCGGUAACCCCAAGCAAAGGAAAGGGCAUGGUUGUUGGGAAGGCAGCACCCAUUACUCCACCACCUUGUCGCCAAUGCGGGAAGAGGCACAGUGGAGAAUGUCGAAGGGCCUCAGGAGCGUGUUUUAGAUGUGGUCAAACCAGCCAUAUCAUCCAGGAUUGUUCACAGAUUACAACUGGAGGAGUGUCGACGCCAAACGCUAAACCCAAGACUGCAGCAAAGGCCAAGGUUUAUGCUAUUACGCCAGGAGAAGCAGACCUAGAAGCUGAUGAGACGGCAAACGCAGGAGUGAUUACUGGUAAAGUUAGACUGAAGCAAUACGUGGUAUGUGCUUUGUUUCAUUCUGGAGCGUCGAGGUCUUUUAUCUCUAAUAGAUGUGUACGACGAUGUGAGCUCAAGGUUGAGCUAAUGUCUCGAAAGGUUUUAGUGGCUAUUCCCGACGGGAAGCAUUAUGCCGAGAAAGACUGUCAGAGGUGCGAGGUAGUGUUUAACUUACCUGCAUGCGAAAGGAUUUGCUAUAUGGGUGAAUUUGGUCGGCUUGAUCUGUUUACAGUAAUGGCUGAACAAGUUAAGAAGAGUUUGGUGAUCGGGGAUGAAGUCAAUCUAGUAAUGAUAAGGGACAUAAAGGAAGGACUUGAAGGAAUCCAAGGAAUCCCUAUGAUUGAGGAUUUUCCUAAGGAUUUCGCCGAUGAACUACCCGGAUUACCUCCAGAACGAGAGACAGAAUUUGUAAUUGAGCUUGAAUCGGCCACAGCUCCAAUAUAG